AUGAGACACAUCAAGCUCGAGGAAGAUCGCAGACGGCAACAAGAGCGACAGCGUCUGGAACAAAUUCCCGCCCAUCAACCGCAGCCUGGUCCGCCGAUGCCACUGCAUCAGCCAGUCGCCGUCGGACCGCGAUCCGUACAUGGUCCCAACGGCUUCCUCGGUACACCCAGCCAGCCGCCCCCACACACGCUCUCUGGUGUGCCAGCGGGUCCCGGCACCAUGUUUGCUGGAGGUCCGGUGCAACAGCCAGCCCCAGGUCAAGGCCCGCCGGGUCAGCAAAUGCAACAGGGCAUGCUCAUGCCCUUCUCACAAGCCGCUCCACCGCCGCCGCCCGCCCAACAGCAGGCCAACCAACAACAAGGGCAAGGCCAGCAGCCCAUCCUCAAUGACGCCCUGAGUUACCUUGACCAAGUGAAAGUCCAGUUCGCAGAGGUGCCGGACGUGUACAAUCGUUUCUUGGACAUCAUGAAGGACUUCAAGAGCGGUGCGAUCGACACUCCGGGCGUCAUUGGCAGAGUUAGCACACUCUUUGCGGGCAAUCCGGAUCUAAUUCAAGGAUUCAACACAUUCUUGCCACCAGGUUAUCGCAUAGAGUGCGGCACCGACAACGAUCCCAACACGAUCAGAGUCACGACGCCAAUGGGGACGACCGUACGCGCUAUGCCACAACCACGUCCCCUUAGUAGGCAAGACGGCGCCGAUCAGGAUGGCUUACGCCUGGGCAACGGCUCGUUCACGCCGCAGCCGGGGCAAAAUGCUCAGAUGUACAGCCCCAGCGGACGUCCCGUUGGUCCAGCCGGACCUGGCCAGCAGCAUCUGGAGGCGGUUCGUCAGCAAGAGCAGCAAGCUAUGCAUCAGCAAGAGCAGCGGGGCAUCAGCUCACUUUCAAACGCCGCUUCCGCUGCACCUGGUCCUCCCGGAGUCAGGCCUGGAGGGUCGCCUCGCAGCACGCCUCUUCCGGCAUUGCAAGACCACAACGCUCAGGUCGAUGGAGCAGCUGGACAGUCGGCAAUGGACAAGCGAGGCCCGGUGGAGUUCAAUCAUGCGAUCUCUUACGUCAACAAGAUCAAGAAUCGCUUUGCUUCCCACCCGGACAUCUACAAGCAGUUCCUUGAGAUUCUGCAAACAUACCAACGAGAGUCAAAGCCGAUUCAGGACGUCUACAGUCAGGUCACUCAUCUGUUCAAGACGGCGCCGGAUCUCCUGGAGGACUUCAAACAGUUCCUUCCUGAAUCCGCCGCUCAGGCCAAAGCCGCCGAGAGAGCGAGACAGCAGGCCGAGGAGAGCGUCAUGCUGUCCAACGUUCGCGGUGAGCCAAUGUACGGCAGCCCAGUCGCUUCGCGGGAGCCUCAGGUCGGAACGCCAAGCCAUGCGCGAAGCAACCUCCCACCCGUCGGUAACUUUGCGUUCACCCCAGUCGGCAAAGACAACAAACGCAAGAGAAACGACAGACAAGGCACUGCGGGCAGCGUGAUCGACCCCGGAAUCGGACCAAGUGGCGCAAAGAUGAAUGCCUACGGCGCGCAACCGGUCAAGCGCAUGAAGCAAACCCACGCGCCGGCCGUCAAAGGGCUGAAUGAGCAGCAACAACCGCCUCCCUCGCCCACUCUCAUCCCCGAGCUGCCUCAGCCACUCCCACCGACAAACACCUCUGCCGCUACGCAUGAAGAGCUGCAAUUCUUUGAUCGUGCAAAGAAGGCAAUCGGCAACAAGAACACCAUGAAUGAGUUCCUGAAGCUGCUGAAUCUCUUCAGCAAUGAUUACAUCGAUCGCACCACCCUCAUCUACCGCGCUCGGGCGUUCCUUGGCAACACUCCGGAGUUGAUCAAAUGGUUCUGUGACUUUGUCGGCUAUGACGAGAAGGACGUGGUCAUCGAGAACAAGGCGCGCGAACCGAUCGUCCCCGGCGGCAGGAUCAGCUUGAGCAAUUGUCGCGCCAUGGGACCGUCGUACAGACUGCUCCCCAAGCGCGAGCGCAACAAGCUGUGCUCUGGCAGAGACGAGCUUUGCAACUCUGUGCUGAACGAUGAGUGGGCCAGCCACCCGACGUGGGCAUCGGAGGAUUCUGGCUUCAUCGUGCAUCGCAAGAAUGUGCAUGAAGAAGGCCUGCACCGGAUCGAAGAGGAGCGUCAUGACUACGACUACAACAUUGAGGCCUGUGCGCGCACGAUCCAGCUGAUCCAACCCAUCGCACAGCAGCUCCGCCGCAUGGCUGGUACCGAGGAGGAGAUCGCGUUCAGACUCCCACCCAGUCUUGGCGGCCAAUCGGACACGAUUUACAAGAGGGUCAUCAUGAAGAUGUACGGGCGCGAGAGAGGCGCAGAGGUCAUCAAGCAGCUACACCUCACUCCUUACCAGGUCAUCCCAGUCCUGCUGAACCGAUUGCAUGAGCGACUCAGUUCGUGGAAGAUGGCUCAAAGAGAAUGGGAGAAGGUGUGGCGCGAGCAGACGCAGAAGAUGUUUUGGAAGUCGCUCGACCACCAGGCCGUCAACGCCAAAGUCAAUGAUCGGAGACAGUUCCAGGUCAAGGCUUUGCAGGCCGAGGCUCAAGUCAGACUGGAAGAGCAGAAGAACCAACAGAAGAACCAACAGAAGAUCGUCGGCAGUCUGCCCGGACUUGCGCAAAUCGCGGUCGAUGUCACCGAUGAAGAUGUCCUUGUUGAUGCAGCCUGGCUGGUCUUGGUCCACAAUGAAGCCGUGGGCACCGCGGAUUCUGCUCGCCUUGGACCUUUCAUACAGGAGUUCGUGCCGCUCUUCUUCGGAAUAUCAGCGGAGGAAUUUGAGCGCAAGCUGAGUGAGCGUCGCCGUAUCGAGACUUCGUCGAGAAACAGCAUGGAGCGCGACGACCUGACGAGUGGUGCUGAGGAUUCCGGAAACGAGAGGAAAACCAAGAAGAACGGGAAGCAGUCUACACUCCUGCGCCAGACGCUCGACAAAGGUCCUAAGGGGAGAUUGCUGGGCAGAAGGGAGCGAGAGGAUAGCAACGCAUCCGCAUCGAGAGCAAGCACACCUGGUCUUGCGUCAGAGAUGGGCGAUGACGGUAUCGCUGUUGACGGAAUGGCUGUUGAUGCACCGGGCGCGGGAGCCGUAACUCCUGCCGACGAUACCAACCAAAAGAUUGCCGACUCUACGCAACGCUGGUUUAACCACCCGGCAACCGGAAACGCGGUAUCGAGCGACAAGGAUGUCGAGCCAAACGCGCAGCACAAGCGCGUCUUCUACCGCCUUUGGGGCAAUCCCUCUAUCUACUGCUUCGUCCGCAUGUUCCUCAUCCUCUACGAGAGACUGCACGCCCUCAAGCAGGGUGAGGCGGAGUGCAAGGCCAUCGUGCAGCAAGCGAAGCGUUCUAAGGCUGCCAUCGAGCUGGGGAUCAUGGACAAGCUGCCUAGCGACUUCUUCCACGACACAAGCGCGAACGCCAACUACUACCAACAGAUGCUGCAGAAAUUCUACGAAGUCAUCCAGCAGGAAUUGGACUUUGUCAACGAUGGUGUGGAAGACUGUCUUCGACGCUACUACCUGCAAGCCGGCUACCCUCUCUACGCCUUUGAGAAGCUCAUGGCUGCUCUGGUGAGGUAUGGAGGCACAGUGGUUGUUGGCGAGGCUGUCAGCAAAGAGAAGAGUUGGGAGAUGAUCGGGCUAUGGAAGAAGGACAAAGCCCGCGGUGACGAGAUCAACGCGCAGCAAACACUCGACUACCGUAAGGCGGCAGAGAAGUUGAUUGGCUCGCAGCAAGACGUCUACGCCAUUGACUGGGACAUUGCGGCCAAGAAGGUCAAGAUCUACCUCGUGAAGAAGGACGAUCCCUACUGCACCGCGCCCGUCGACGGCCUCUCACAACUCGACAAGGAGAACAACUGGCGCCACUACGUCGCCUCCUACUCCUCCAUGGACUCGACCGACGACGUGGACACCAAGCACCUACACCCCGUCAUGCUAAGCCGUAACAUGGCCACCAUCGGCGCCGACCCCGCCUCCGGCGAGCUCCCGCUCCAAGUCAUGGCCAACGAUAGCGCUGCGGAAGCCGGCACAGAUGACGCGUCCGCCGCCGGUGCGAGCGCCGACACGCCCGCGAAGCAGCGCCUCUUCGACCGCUUCUGGUCCGUCAAUAACGCCGAGGACCUGUCGCUGCGCAUCGACGUGGAGAAGUACAAGAUCCACUUCCAGCCGGGCACGUCGGAGGCGUUUAUCCAGCCUAUGCGUGCGAGGCAGGGAGGCGAGGAGGGGGUGAAGGAUGCGGCGGAGGGCGCGGAGGCGCGGUUGGAGGUGAUGAAGGAGCGGAUUGUGGGGGGUCAUGAGGGAGUGAAGGACGCUGGUGAUGUGGAGGCGAGGGAGAGGGAGUUUGAGGGGUUGGUUAAAGGGGAGGAUGUUAAGGUUGAGGGGGCUGAGGGUGGUGAGGUGAUGGAGGUUGAUUCUUGA